AUGUCUUUUAUGGAUGGUUCAUCCGGCUACAAUCAGAUCUGCAUGUCGCCAAAGGAUGAAGAGUUGAUCACAUUUCGCACUCCUAAAGGCAUUUAUUGCUACAAAGUAAUGCCUUUCAGUUUGAAGAACGCAGGAGCAACAUACCAAAGAGCUAUGCAAAACAUCUUUGAUAGCAUUCUUCACAAAAAUGUUGAAUGUUAUGUUGAUGAUUUAGUAGUGAAAUCAAGAAAAAAAUGUGAUCACUUGCAAGACUUGAGGAUAGUGUUUGAUCUACUACGAAGGUAUCAACUUAGAAUGAAUCCUUUGAAAUGUGCGUUUGGAGUUACCUUUGGAAAAUUCCUUGGCUUCAUUGUACGACAUCGAGGAAUAGAAAUUGGUCAAGUAAAAGUAGAUGCAAUUCUGAAGAUGGAAAGUGUCAACCAUUCAGCCGCCUUGAAAAAGGGCACUCUUUUCGAAUGGGACCAAGCUUGUAGUAAUGCCUUUGAGAGCAUCAAGUCUUACUUGACAAAACCACCAGUUUUAGCAGCUCUUGUUCCUGGAAAGCCAUUGAUACUUUACAUAUCAGCUCAAGAAAGAUCAGUGGGAGCACUCUUAGCCCAAGAGAAUGGCAAAGGGAAAGAAAAUUCCCUUUACUACUUGAGUAGGAUGAUGACACCAAAUGAGUUGAAGUACUCGCCAAUCGAAAAGCUAUGUUUGGCCUUAGUCUUCUCAAUUCAGAAGAUGAAGCACUACUUUCAAGCUCACGUCAUCCGUCUUAUUUCUAAAGCCAACCCCAUCAAAUUUGUGAUGUCGAAACCUGUCCUCAAUGAUCGACUAGCAAGAUGGUAUCUCCAGUUUCAGCAAUUUGAAAUUGUGUAUGUUCCUCAAAAGGCUGUAAAAGGGCAAGCAUUGGCAGACUUCUUAGCAGACCACCCGAUACCUGAUGAUUGGGAACUCACUGAUGAAUUACCUGAUGAAGAUGCAAUGGUUGUUGAAGUUCAACCGCCUUGGAAGAUGUAUUUUGAUGGGGCCUCACAUCGCGAAGGAGCUGGCGCUGGGAUAAUAUUUGUCACUUCUCGAGAGGAGAUCUUGCCGUAUUCCUUCACCUUAACGCAAUGUUGCUCCAAUAAUGUUGUAGAAUAUCAAGCCUUAAUACUUGGGCUUGAAAUGGCGGUUGAUAUGAAGCAAUUGCAAUUACAAGUUUUUGGAGACUCUGAAUUAGUGAUCAAUCAAUUGUUGGGUAGCUAUGAAGUCAAAAAGCCAGAAUUCGCAAAUAUCACUAUCUGCCAAAAAUGGAUAGUACCACCGGAUGUAGAUGAAGAAAGCAAAUUUGAACAUCUUGUAGCUGUCUCACAAGCUGAGAUAGUUGAUUGGAGACAUGCUCUGAUUGAUUACUUGUGUUAUAAUAUACUUCCAGAAGAUCCAAAGAGAAAAACCGAAAUUCGUCGUCGUGCUCCUAGAUUUCUUUACUACAAAGAUACUCUAUAUCGAAGAUCAUUCAAGGGAGUCCUCUUGCGUUGUUUGGGGGAAGAAGAAGCGAUUCAAGCUAUGCAAGAAGCACAUUCUGGAGUUUGUGGAUCACAUCAAUCUGGGCCUAGAUUACACUUUCAUAUAAAAAGAAUGGGGUAUUAUUGGCCAACAAUGGUAAAAGAUUACUUGGAUUAUGCUCGAAGAUGUCAAGCAUGCCAAUUUCAUGCAAACUUUAUGCACCAACCUCCUGAUGUAUUACAUCCGACUGUUGCACAAACUCAUCGUUUCUUUUGGUAUGUGUCUUCUUCAAAAGUUCGUGUGGAUGAGGUGGCUGUCCAAGAACAGUCGCCUAAAAUUGAAAUCACAUCCAUCAAAGUUAUUACUAGAGGAAUAACGUUGAAAAAACUGUAA